GAAAUUUAUGCUUUAAAUGCUUCUUCCACGUUUUAGAAGUCUGAUGCUUAAUAGUUAAUCCAUAUUUGGUUAUUUUAAUCCCCUGGGAAUAUCAUCAUUUUAUAUGGAAGAGUCUACAUUAUAUCAGCAUCUUGAUAGGAUCAAUGGAAAUGUAUAACACAACUUCUACAGACUUCGUCUUCAUGGGACUGUUCAGCAAACAGGAAACCUCAGGCCUUCUCUUUGCCAUAAUCUCUGUCAUCUUUUUCACUGCACUGGUGACCAAUGGGAUCAUGAUAUUCCUGAUUAAUACAGAUUUACGGCUCCACACCCCCAUGUACUUCCUCCUCAGCCACCUAUCUUUCAUUGACAUGAUGUACAUCUCCACCAUUGUACCCAAGAUGCUGGUUGACUACCUGCUAGGUAAAAGGACCAUUUCCUUUGUGGGAUGCACAGCUCAACACUUCCUCUACCUUACCCUGGUGGGAGCUGAGUUCUUCCUACUGGGUCUUAUGGCCUAUGACCGCUAUGUUGCCAUCUGCAACCCUCUGAGAUACCCUAUCCUCAUGAGUCGCCGGGUCUGUUGGUUGAUCAUAGCAGGUUCCUGGUUCGGGGGCUCUUUGGAUGGCUUUCUUCUCACCCCCAUCACCAUGAGCUUUCCCUUCUGCAGUUCUCGAGAGAUUAACCAUUUCUUCUGUGAGGCACCUGCUGUGCUGAAGUUGGCAUGUGCAGACACAGCCCUUUAUGAAACAGUGAUGUAUGUGUGCUGUGUUCUUAUGUUACUGAUUCCUUUCUCUGUGGUGAUAGCUUCCUAUGCCCGAAUUCUGACCACGGUCCACCACAUGAGUUCAGUGGAGGGGAGGAAGAAGGCAUUCACCACCUGUUCAUCUCACUUGACCGUGGUGACCUUGUUCUAUGGGGCCGCCAUGUACACCUACAUGGUGCCACACUAUUACCAUUCACCAGCCCAGGACAAAGUAUUCUCUGUGUUCUACACCAUCCUCACACCCAUGCUGAACCCUCUCAUCUAUAGCCUGAGAAACAAGGAUGUGGCUGGAGCACUGAGGCGGACACUAGGAACGUUCAAGGGUUCUCAGCAAGUGUCAGAAAGGGGCUUUUGA